ACAUCCCAGGCCUUUACCAUGAAGAACUGUGCGCUGUUGUCGCUUUUGUUAGCAUUGGGGUGUGUGCACGCCGCACCGGUGGAGCACGAUGGCUUGGAGCCGGGGUCAUGCGAAGACCCGUCAGCAGUGGCUGCUGCAGAACAGGCUAUGAACAAGAUCAACCAGGACCGGCACGAAGGCUACAUCUUAAGACUGCACCACCUGUCCAACGUGCACAUGGCGAAACAUGGCGAGGUUGGUGUGGUUUACUACCUGACUCUGGAUGUUGUGGAGACCAACUGCAGUGUUCUCAGCAGGCAUCACUUGCACAACUGUGUUGCUCGUCCCACCGAAGACACACCGGUGUAUGGACAGUGCAAAGCCGCCAUCUACAUUAGCAAGGUGCACAGAGUGGUGCGUCUCUACAAAUACGACUGUGAAAUCAGACCAGUUCCUGCAGCCAGGGUGUCUGAGGUUUGUCCUGACUGUCCCUCUCUGAUCGCCUUGGACAACGCUGAGGUUCAGAAGACCGUGUCUCACUCUCUGGCGAAGUUUAAUGAGGAGAGCAAUCUGGCCAAUCAUUUCGCUCUGCUCCACGUCACCCGUGCUACCUUAGGGAUGGGCAUAUCGGCGAUUUACAAUGUAGAGUACACCAUCCAGGAGACCACCUGCACCAAGAGCACAAAGACAGCGACUGAUAAGUGCCCCCCCAUGGACUGCGAGUUCGCUCACAAGGGCUUUUGCAAGGCAGCCCAUUUCCAUACUCCCGCUAAUGAUGAAGAGAUCAGUGUAGAUUGUGAGAUCUAUGAGCCUGAGGCCGCCGAGAGAGAGAAGAAACUGCACCUGGAGGGCGGAGAAACUGACCACAGCCACAAUGACACGCACACACAUAGCCACGACAGUGACCACGCACAUGCGGCCGACGCUACACACGCGCACGACCACACGCACGACCACACCAAGAGCCACACUCACGAGGAGGACACCCACGCGCACGCUAACCACAGCGACAACCACCACCACACUCACGACCACGAACCAGGUAGCGCACACAGGCAUGCUCACGAUCACUCCCACGACCACGGGCACGGCCAUGAUCACGUGCACGCUCAUCACGCCAAAGCACACAACCACAGCGGCGACUCACCCGACCACCACCAUGACUACAAGCACGCCGAUGGCGUUCACUCCCACGACCACGAUCACGAGCACGCUCUGGACCACGACCACAAGCACGCUCACCUGCACGAGCACGAGCACCACCACCAUCACCACGCCCACGACCACGAGACCGCGGCCCACGACCACCCAAAGGGCUCCGUGAGGAUCCUGCCCGCCUUGGACCAGCCCGUGACCCUGCCUUCCUUCCCUGAUGUCCCCGCCGCCGGGCCCGAGCAUGGAGUCGUCCUGCCCCUCAAGCCCGAUCCCCAAAUCCCCGGAGAGACAGAACCCACCAUCGAGUCCUUCCCCACCUCAGUCUCAGCCCACUGCACCCACCACGGGGCAGACACCACCCUGGUGGAGAAACUCUUCAAUGAGGAUCCCUUGUUCAAGCCAGCUGCAUAAGGUGGCCCAUGGAGUUCAGUUAGAAACUGAAUGAAUCUUAGUAAAGACAGUUAAACUCCAUUUAGCUUUUGACACGCCUGCAUUUGACAGAUGAUAGGCAAUGUAACACAUCUUGACUGCUUCCCUGGGUCAUUCUUGGGCAAAAUGGCGGUUUAUCACAAGCACGUAACAUGUAAACUUUCCUCUCUCUCUCUCUACACUUCCGCCCACUAAUAAACACUACAUUCACAACAUCGACCUGUUUUUUCUUUUCAUUUUCUCUGUUGCUGGGAAACUGGUCAUAAAUGAUUGAAUAAUAAUGACAAAAACUGACCACAGCAUGUCCAUAUUCACAAGGAGGAACCAUCUUCCACAGUGUAGACCUUCAGAUUGUCACAGUCACUGUUCAAUUGAGCCAGCAAACAUUUUCUAUAUGUUUGUAUGUUUCUAUGCUUUUGCUGCACAAAAUAAUAAAGAAUACCACCAGUACUCAUCCAGUGUUUUUGUAGUGACCAAGACCAAGGUAUUCAAUUUUGUCUUGUUUCAAUACACUUGUCCCCAACCCCCACGACCGACUCUCCCCGUGUUUCCUUUCACCGAUCUCACUACUAUUACAAACAACACGCCAUGAAAAUCUUCUUUAAGAAGCUUGUGGUUACGUGAAAAGCAGCAGAUGGAUUUUCUGACCAAUGCAUUACUAUUAGAGAAGUGGCUGUUUUAUGAGUUCGCUGACACGAC